GCGAGUAGCACCACAGAACUCUCCCACCCUUACCGUACGACGUUGAUAGCGGCAGCCUCGCGGCUGAAAGGCGGCGUUCCGAUGGGGAGCCGGGCAAUGGCGUGCCUGCUGCUGCUGGCGCUUGCGUGGGCGGCGAGUGCUGCGGCGUGGGACAAGCCUGUGGUGUGGACCACGGGCACGGUUGGGCCGGAGGCGGAGGGCUGCGACAAGAAGAAGCACGGCAAGGGUGCUGGCGUUGGCGUAGGUGGUGGGAUGGGAGGCGGCGUUGGUGCUGGAGGUGGAGCGGGCGGUCAUGUCGGUGCAGGCGGAGGUAUGGGAGGCGGUGGUGGGUUUGGUGGAGGAGGUGGCGCCGGCGGCGGCAUGGGCAGCGGUGCCGGUGCAGGGUUUGGAAGUGGAGGAGGUGUGGGAGCGGGCGGUGGGCUCGGAGGUGGAGCGGGAGCGGGUGGUGGUGUUGGCGCUGGUGGUGGAGGUGGAUUCGGAGGCGGAGCUGGCGGCGGCAUGGGUAGCGGUGGUGGAGGUGGGUUUGGAGGAGGAUCUGGCGGAGGAAUGGGCACUGGUGGUGGACUUGGAGGAGGAGCUGGAGCUGGAGAUGGUGGAGGAAUUGGUGGUGGCGGGGGACUUGGAGGAGGAGCUGGCGCAGGUGGUGGUGGAGGAUUUGGCAGCGGCGGCGGAUUCGGUGUUGGUGGUGGCGCAGGAGGUGGUGUUGGUAGCGGCGCAGGUCUUGGAGGCGGCGCCGGAGGCGGCAUGGGUGGUGGCUCUGGUGGUGGCAUUGGUGGAGGGAGCGGUGGAGGUUUUGGAGCCGGAGGUGGCAUGAGUGGUGGUUCCGGUGGAGGCAUAGGUGGCGGCGGGGGUAUGGGUGGUGGUUCCGGCGAAGGCGUAGGUGGCGGAAGCGGUGGAGGCUUUGGUGGCGGUAUGGGUGGUGGUUCCGGCGGAGGCAUAGGUGGCGGGAGCGGUGGAGGCUUUGGUAGCGGCGGCGGUAUGGGUGGUGGUUCCGGGGGAGGCAUAGGCGAUGACAACGGUGGAGGCCUUGGAGGUGGCAACGGUGUAGGUGGAGGGAAGGGCGGUGGUUUUGGAGGUGGCGGUGGAAGCGGUGGUGGAUUUGGUGCUGGAGUCGGAUCUGGUGCUGGAAUGGGAGGCGGCUUUGGAGGCGGUGGAGGAAAAGGCGGUGGUUUUGGAGGUGGCAGUGGUGGUGGAUUUGGUGCUGGAGCAGGUUCUGGUGUUGGAAUGGGUGGCGGCUUCGGAGGCGGUGGUGGUGCAGGUAGUGGUUUUGGAGGCGGCCUCGGAGCUGGCAGUGGUAUAGGUGGCGGUUUUGGAGGUGGAGGUGGCGUAGGAGGUGGCUUUGGAGCCGGCGGAGGUGCAGGAGGCGGCUUUGGAAGUGGUGGUGGUGCGGGUGCAGGCAUGGGAGCUGGUGUCGAAGGUGGCAUCGGUGCUGGUAGUGGUAGCGGUAUUGGUGGAGGUAGUGGAUUGGGCAAGGGCGUUGGUGCUGGAGGCGGCAUCGGAGCUGGCAGUGGCAGCGGUGUUGGUGUAGGUAGUGGAUUGGGCAAGGGUGUUGAUGCUGGAGGAGGGAUUGAAGUCGGCGGAGGUGCUGGAGCCGGAAAGGGCCUUGCCACUAGAGGCGGUCUUGGAGCUGGCCGUGGCACUAGUGGAGAUGGUAGAAUGGGCCACAAUGUUGGUGCUAAAGUUGGCGGUGGCGAGAGAAAACGUGGCGGAAAACACCACGGUGAAAGCAAUAAUGGCAGGAAAAAGAAGCAAGGGUGUUUAAACUGAGUUGUUGGUGACGUGUUUGUUAGUGCAUCUCCAAUGAUGGCCCACAAAUUUGCUUCGACAUCCAUAUCCGCGGACAGGAUGGACCAGACCGCGGCACGGAUGCAGGAGGCGGCCAUCUAACGAUGCCUGCAUACAUUUCAAGUCGGGUUUCAACUAAUGGGACGAAAUUCAUGCAAACACGACGGAUUUCAUCAAAGUUAGGAUAAAAAAUAACAUAAUUGUUCAUACAUAGCAUGCAAAUAAGUCUACUACAACAAUAAUUCAAAUUCAACGAGAUUAACUGGAUGUUCAACAAGUUCUUCGCAAACGGAUCAUGUCGUCCCACACAUACUGCCCCUUCAGCUUCAUUCAACAAUGUAUGUGCGUAAAUUUCCGUCUCUCUAGCCUGUGGUACAUCACUUCAGCGUGUACGGGCUACACAAUGUGUAGAUCAAUAUUGAAUGAAUGA